AUGUCACUUAAUAAACAUUCCUUUCAAAGACAAACACUUUUAACACUUCCGGUAGAAUUAUUGCAAGAAAUUUUUUCGUAUCUUGGUUGGCACGAUUUACGUAAUUGUUUAUAUCAAAAUUCCAUAUUAUUGCACAUUACAAUUCCUUUUGUUUGGAGAGAUUUAGGCGAUAAAUAUUGGAAAAAUUAUGAACAAACAUCUUUACGUUGGAGCCUUAUUAAAAGGACUUUAUUUUCGUCAGCCAAGAAAACAAAUACAUUUAACCUAACAUAUCACAAAUAUAUCCAAAGGAUAGACAUAUCAUCAACACACGAUGCAACAUUUAGAAUUGAUAAACCUACAUUAGGUUAUCUUCUUACACAUUGUCCCAAUUUAACCGAAAUUUCUUUAGAAUAUUGCAGAGAAUCAUCACUUGUCGAACCAUUCCAAAUUUUACAAGACUUAAAUAAUUCCGAUAUUUCCGCCUGUGACAUUAACCAAAUUAUCUCACCAAUUCGUAAAUUAACCAUACAAUUAUGUGAUUUAUCACCCGUAUAUUUAAUCCACCUAUUAUCAUUAUACAUUACUACAUUGGAAGAGAUGAGUUUGGACGUAAUAUUAGGAAGAGCACCAUUGCAAUUAGAAGAUUUGAGAAGAUUGGUGAAAAAUAAUAAGAAACUUAAGAAAUUAAAGUUAGAUACUAACUACAGUGAAAGAUGUCUUGAGGGUGAAACAUUAAAAUAUUUUGCGGAUGGUGCUGAAUUGCCCGUUGCUCAAUAUCGGGAAAUAUUAAAAUCAUGA